UAUCGGUGUUCAUAUUCUGUUCAUAUUACAUUCCCCGUGCAACAGGUUUUCGUGCUUUCGAAAUAAAGCUUUCGGUGCACAGAAAACGGUCUGUAAGGAAUGCAGCCGUCCGUGGUUACAUGUGACAUCAGGCGUAGAUUUAUAGUUACAAAAGGAAGUCAAGGAUUGCCAUUCAGAUAGGUAUUGAUUGUUAAUGGAAGCGACGAAAGUAGGGCAUAUCAUUUUUAACUGUCGCACCGGGCGUUGAGUGUAUGAAAGACAAUGCAGGGAGGCGGGCCAGUACAAUAUGAUCAACUCUUUGCAGAGAUUAGGUAUAUAAACAGGCCUCUCAUGACGACAGUAGUCGUAAACGCUAUACACCGAUAAAUAAGUUCUACGACAAAGGCCACGCCCUGGUAGUACAAGUAGUAAUGUGUGAUAAAAGCGCCCUUCUAAAGAGAGGCCUAGCGGUCGCCAACUUCUGUCUAUGGGUGAUAGGGGCUGCCUUAAUGGUCAGUGGACUGUGGAUGGUCAUAGAUGAAGCAGCAUACAGCAGACAACAUGCUAUGGAGCAAGCAGUCCCAGGAGUUGAUGUAGCCACCUACGGGCUCUACGUGUUCAUAGCAGUUGGUGCGGUGGUCGUCUUCGGGAUAGUCACGAUCGGUUGCUGUGUAGCAACGCAAAAUAAACUGUGUCCUUACGUUUUCUUCAUUAUUUUGGUGUCCACAGCAACAGUCGGCGUGUUUGCUGGUUGUGUUCUGAUUGGAAUUGCCAGGAGUCGCCUUUUAGACAAUGCGGAUCUUCCACGGACUCUGUACAACGAUAUUAUCCACAAUUUCACGUCUGUGGACGUUUAUGUGAAAUUUGGUACCCUCCAGUACACUUUCCAAUGUUGUGGGGCAUUAAGACCUCAAGAUUACAGAGAGAGUGUCUGGGGAAAGCUGUCAGGCCAGUACCUUCCACCCACCUGUUGCACCAUACCUGUUACUAGUCAGUACAUUUUAGAACCACCGAAUAAUUAUACAGCAUGUAUCCUGGAGGCGAAGCGUGAUUCACUGAGCAACUAUGAACAUUUUUACCCUCAUGGAUGUAUAAAAAUCAUAAAAACGUGGUUCGCAGAGCAAACUUCUUUGCUAAUAGGAUUGGGCGUGGCUUUUUGUGUUUUGGGAAUUUUAAGUCUCAUCAUCAGCGUGUGCUUGUGCCAACCUGUGUUUAAAGCCUACACUAGGCCUCCGAUCUAGAAUGAAUGUUUUUGAUAAGGGUUGGUAUCAAGUUAAUCAGCAAUAUAAGUUUCAAUAUGUUAUCCUUACCUUGUAAACUUUGCCAAAACAAAAGAGGCAUUGAAUACUACCCCAAACCGUACCAUUGUUUAUUUUAAGAAAAACGUGCACUGUCUGUGUGCUACCAUUUAACUUUCCUCGGGGCUCACUUUUACGUAUUUAGACCAAUGUGCUAGAGUUGAGUUUAGGGCUACCGCUUGUUAUUCUAUCUACAGCCCACUUAUUUAAUGUCUAACAUAUUGUCGUGCAAUCUACACCAGGCACUUAAAUACAUGUAUACGUGUAUGCCAGUACUGUUACAUCGUGGUUCAUAUAUACAUGUAUAUUCACACAUAUUAUAAAUGAUCAAGAAACCGUUGCAUGUGUUGAUGGUUUUCUUUAUUUCAAAAUUUAUUAUGUUUACAAUAAAGUCACUAUU